AUGUCAAUACGCGGAAAUGCGGAAAAACAAUUGCACAGCGACACAGCGCGCGAUUUAAGAAACGGAAGACUCCGCAAGCCGCAUUUGCGUCUGUUUGCGCAAGAUGUUGAAGAGAAUAAUCAGACAAGAAUUCGAGAUGCCGAAGAAUUGACGACGAAGUAUAAGUGCUGCUGUAGAAGCGUUGAGAUUAAGAAAGGAGCAUAUAUAGUAGCAAUCGUUUACACAUGCAUCAUCAUUUCAAAUCUGUGCAUUCGAGCUGUGAAAUCUGAAGAAGUGGAAUGGAAUUGGCAACUAUUAUUUCUCGUAAGCGAUUCCAUUGCGGUAAUAAGCCUUUUUUAUGGGAUUACGAGACAUCACGCAGCUUUUCUCCAACCAUUCACAGUUUUAAGUAUUCUAACUGUCUCAUUUUGCCUUCUACUUUCCGUUUUCUACCUAUCCGCUGUAAUCGACCCGAGUUCCUACGCGGCCGAACAAAUCGAAAUUCUUUUAGCGGAUAAAGUCCAAUAUUUUGCUGACGUUCUCAACACAACACCUCAAACCGUAAUCAUCGCGACCGGAGCGUGCGGUUCUUUGGUGUACGCUUGCACGUUUUUCAUUCACAGCUGGUUCAUGUUUAUUGUGGUCCGAACUGCGCAAUAUUUUCGAGCAUUACGGGAUUAA